AUUUAUUGUAUUUUGUAACAAAUAUAUUAAUUAACUCAACACAUUCAAAUCGUAUUUUGGAAUUUUCGUCAUUAAAAGAGAAUCAAACACAUCUUGAAGAAUUGGAUACGUUAUUGAAAUUACUGUGGAAUAAUUCAUGUACUGUUCUUAGUUAUGAUGCUGUAUUACAUUCAGCAUACUUAACACGACGAAAUUUUAUCGUUUUCUUAAAAUCCUUAACAAAAUCAUUGGAUGAUAAUGACUCCAAUGAAAAUAAUCAACCAAUCACAACGCAUAUGUUAAAUUUUGCAACAAUACGCGCCCAUAUUGAUUUAUGUCAUGAUCGUUUAUUAGAGAAAAAAGAUCGUAGCGGUUCGUCAACCAUCAGCAACAUAGAGAUCACAAAUAUUUGUGAAUUUUUGCAAAAAUCCCUACAAUAUAUUCAAACAUUUUAUAAAACAUUCAAUAAUAUUAAAACAUAUUUAUGUGACAUAUAUUUAAUGGAUUAUAAUCCAAAUACACAAAUCGAAAAACAAUCCAAUCAAUUAAUCAAUCGAUUAAUAUCGAUAUAUACGGUCUUAAAUAUUGGCAUCGGAUAUACAAAAACUGUUUUAACGUCACAACUUUUAUUAAUUGACCCGGCAAAAUUAUUACAAAUUCGUUAUCAAUAUUUAUUAGAUGACUCCGUUUUAUUGGAACAACUUUGUAGUGCACAAACUCAUCAAAUAAAUGUUUUAUAUUCGGAUCAAACAAAUUUUCAGCAUGAUUUGUAUCACGAACUUCAGCAUAAAUUGCAAGGAUUAAAUAUAAAAAUUAAUACGUUUGAUAAUGAUACGAAUGAAUUUAUACGCCCUAACGAUCAAAAAUAUCAAGAUUUACGUAAAAUUGUUAUAAAUUACAGCGAACAAUUAAAUAUGGUAAUCGAUAUUAGUAAUCGAUUACAUAAUUAUAUAACAGAUGUAAUUGAUCAACCUCAAAAGAAUAUUGAUGAUAUAAAGAAUGAUAUUUAUACAACACUCGGAUCUGCUCAAACAUGGUUGCUUUCACAAGAACGUUAUUUGAAUCAGUUACAUGAGUAUUUAACGUAUCCAGAUAUUGUGUGCCCAAUUAAAGAAAGUUGUUUGGAAAUACGUAAUGGUUUGAUCAAUCAGAUUGGAUUAAUGGAAAAAUUAAUUAUGGAAUCAAAUAUGCAAUUUGAAGAAUUUGAAUUGAAUGAACAAUUGUCAAGUUUGAUACUGUUUCCAAUGUACGGAUUUUUGGAUAUUGAUCAUGAAGCAUUUGUGGAAAUCAUUCCACAUAUUUUAAAUGAUACAGAGGCACAGCAACAGGUUGUUGUUCAAGAACUUAUACGGGUAUUACUAUUUUCUUUACAAGAUUAUUGGAAUUAUUUUUGCUGUCCACAAAAAAUACCGAAUGAAGAAUCAUGGCAUCGAUAUUUAAAACUUUUUAAUCACAUAUUUGCAUAUUGGAAAACUAAAGAAAAGGAAAAGCUAAACAUAAAGGUAGCGGAAGAAAGUUUAUACAAAACAAUUGAACGCAAACAAUUGACGGAAAAUGAACAAAUAGAAUUAGACUUUAAGGAAACCUUCCCAUCAUUUUAUGAAAAUGAUUUUAAUGAUUUAGUCCAAACUAAACUGGAUCAUAAAUCGAAAUCAUCAAGUGCUGAUAGUUCAUCAGGAUCUCCACCUUUACUUUAUGGCCAUAUUUUAAAUGAUAAAGAAACUGAAUUCAUUUAUACGAAUCAUACAAAUAUUGUUCGAUAUUAUGCCGAAUCUGAAUGGUUACAUAAACAAAAACCAAAUUUUAAACCAGAUUUUAUUAAAUCAUUAGUACAACGUUAUAAAACUUAUACAUUGCUACAAAACAAAGUUGUACAUGGUAUGAAUUAUUUAUUGGACAAGAAACUGUUACCAUCGUAUACAUUUUUAACUUACAUUGUUAAAGAAGCUGAAACUUGUGAUAAUCCAGCAGUAUUUGAUAGUAUGAAAUUGGAACAUACUGAAUAUGAGGAACGGCAUUUUAAUUUUUAUCAAGACGAAUAUGUUCAAGCAGCUAAAAACUGUAUUAUUAUUCUUAAUGGAUUGAAACGUGAAGUUAUUAAAGUUUUGGAUUCAAAUCCUGAACACGCAGCAUUACAAUCGAUUUUAAAAAUUGUUGAUCGAAUAGAAAAUUUUGAAAUUACUAGUCCAAUAUCACGAUUUUUAACUGGUUUUGAAUUAGUAUUAAGUAAAUGUAACGAAUGGUCGCAAUUUGCAAGAAAAUCAGAAAAUUUAUCAAAUAAUAUUGAGACAAUAACACGAUGGAUCAUUGACAUGCGCAAAUUUGAAUUACAACAAUGGAGUAACAGUUUAAACAAUAUUCUACAAAAGGUGGAAUCAAAAGGUAAAAAUUAUUGGUGGCGAUUAUUUGAAAUUGUUGAUGAAUUUAUUAAAGGUGUUCAUGAUACCACCACAAAUGAUGAUGACAAACAAACUGAGAAUAAUGACAUUAAAAUGUUAAUAACGACAUUAAAAUAUUUUAUUGAGCGCUCUCCGAUUGGUGAAUUUAGAAUUCGUUUAAAUUUAAUUUAUUCAUUUCAUUGCUUCACCACGAUGUUAGACUCUAAUGAACGUACAAAUCAAAUAAAGAACAUUUUAUGGAACGUCUAUCAAUAUUAUAAUCAAUUUUCUGAUAUUGUGAAAAAUCGCAUUAAAGAAAUUCGUAAGCCAAUUGAAAAAGAAUUAAAAGAUUUUGUUAAAAUUGCAAAAUGGAAUGAUAUCAACUACUGGUCAGUGAAAGAAACUGUUGAAAAAACUCAUCGGACAUUACAUAAAUUUAUGCGUAAAUUCGAGGAUAGUUUGAAUGAAUUGGUUUCAAAAAAGUGUUUAAUCGACGAUCAACAAGCAUCGUUUAAGGAGUCGAAGAAAGUCAACAAAUCAGCAAAUGUACCUGCUGAUUCCAUUAUAUAUAUUGUGGAUCAAUCUACAUGUGACAAAGAACAACCAAUAAAUACUGAAAUCGACAUAAUAAAUAAUAUUGAAUGGAAAACUGAUAUUAUACGAAAUUUUCCAAAAUAUUUCAAUCAAUCAAAACAAAUGUGUAAAAAGGUGAUAAAAUUAUCAACAAAAUCGUACAAUCAUUCGAUGGAAAUAUUAAAUAAUUUGAUCACCGAUGUAAUUGAAACUAGCGAUCAAUUACGUAAAUUAGAGGUGAAUCAAACAUUACCAAAAGCAAAACAAAAAUCAGAUGCAAAAAGUAUUUUACAACAAAAACGUAAAGCGCUUUCAGAUUUAUUUAAAUCGUUACAAACAAUUGGAAUCUCAUAUAAAACUGGGUUAUUGGAAAGUAAUUUAUUUAACAUAGAUCUGACAUAUUUUUCGAUGAAACCGAUUGAUUUAAAUGCGGCUGUUCAAAAUUUACAUUCUUUGAAAUGCGAUAAACAUCUUUUAAAUAAUUGGGACGGCUGUGAAAAGUAUUAUCUUAAAUCAAUAGCACGAUAUGGUCAUUUACAAGCAGCUAUAAAAAAUGCAUCUCCGCAAUUAGGUGUGCAAAACUUGGAACGCAUUCGUGGAUUUUCUACUCAUUUAUUAAUCACAAUUCAACAACAAAAGCAGGAUUUAAUCGAUACAACACGUACCUUAUAUUAUUUACGUGGUCAUACAAUGGAGUUCCACAACAUAUUUGAGAAUCAACAUUUUGACAUCCUUAAGGAUUGUAAAACAGCUAAUUUAUUAUUAUAUGAAACCUUUAUCAAUAUUAACCAUUUUAUUAAACAACUAAAUGAUUUCUUCAAAUCAACACAAUCAAUUUUACAGAAUUAUAACAUGAAUUUAGAUUUAAAUAUUCAAACAUCAAUUCCAGAACCAAAUACGGCAAAUCAUCAAAAAUUAUUAGAUAGUUUUGAGUAUAUUGAACGUGUAAGUCGAGUUACUUUGGAUUAUUUAGAUAAAGCUGAUAAUUAUGCUCCAACAAAUGAAUAUACACAAAAAUAUGAGACAUACUUAACGGAGGAAAGUUUAAUUGAAAUCAGCUGUGAAUUAGAUGAUAUUAUGGAAUUCAUGAAACCUUUGCAUGAAGCAUUACAGCACGAAAAUUUAGUACAUCCUCUAAACAUUGAACUUCAAAAAUGUUUCCAUGAAAUUCAUGUAAAACACAUGUUAAUCGAUUCGUACAUAAUUCGUAUUCGUGAAUUAAAAAAAUCUGAACCGUCUUUACCUAGCGAAAAACCAUCCGAAAAAGGCCAAGAAUUUAUUGUCAAAAUGGAGGAGCUUGUACAUUCAACGUUGUUGUCUUUACAAAAGAUUUUUAUUAAAUAUCGUGAUAACACGAAAACAUUCAAUGGUGAUGAAUUAACAGAGAAUUUAUUAAAAAUUGAAUUAAUGGCAGAAUUACAAAAUGAUUUGAAACAGUUGAAUGUUAAUAAAUUGUUAGAAUGCAUUCGACAAUUAGUACAACAAUUUAAACAACUAUCCACAAAUGAUUUGCAACAAUGUGCGACUAGUUUUAAAUUAAUUAUACCAUUGAUUCAUCAAAUAUCUAUGUUUUAUCAAUAUUUUGUGACUCAUCAAGUUUCAACCUAUCGAUUAACAUGCAAAAUGUCGUCGAUUUUAUUGAAUAUUUUUACAGAAUUAACUAUUAAGGGUUUUUGCACACCAGAGGGCUUAGACGCUGAAGACGAGGAUGGUGAUGGAGAUGGAGAUGGAGAAGGCACAGGUGGUAUGGGUUUGACUGAAGGUACUGGUGAAAAAGAUGUUUCCGAUCGUAUUGAAUCCGAAGAUCAGCUGGACAGUGCAAAACGUGAAGAAGAUUAUGAAAAUCAAAAAGUUGACGAUGAAAAUAAAACAAAAGAAGAAGAAGGUGGCAUUGAAAUGAGUGAAGAUUUUGAGGGAAAACUUGAAGACGUUGACAAGGAUCCUGAAGAACAAUCAGACAAAGAUAACGAUGAUGAAGAUGUUGAUAAACAAAUGGGUGAAACAGAACCUGGUGCUGAAGAAUUAGAUACACAACUAUGGGGUGAUGAUCAAGCAGAUGACGACGACGAUGAUGAUGGAUCUCAAGUAGGUGAAGAGCCUGAAGGAAAACAGGGCGAUGGUGAGGAUACAAAUGAAGUAGAUACGAAUGAGGGAAAAGAUAAUAAAGGAAAAUCUGAGGGUGAUAAAGAAUUUGGUGCAAAAGAUGAUGAAGAAACUAGUAAAGAUGACAAUGAUAAUGGACAGAAACCAGAUGAUACAGAGGAGAAAGAAAAAUCAAAAGAAAUUAACGAAAUGAAUGAGCCAGAAUUUGACGAAGAUCAAAUUAAUCCAUAUCACGGUAAACAUGAUCCGUUACCCGAACCCGAAGAUUUUGAUAUGCCAGAAGAAAUGAAACUUGAUGAUGGUGAAGAAAAACAAGAUGCUGAGGAUGGAGAUGAAGAAAAUCCGUUUGAUAUUGAUAAAAUGAAAGAAAAUAUGCCCGAAGAUCAAUUAAAUCCAGAAACUGAAGAAAAGAAUGAACUACCUGAAGAAAAUCCUGAUAAAGAUGGCGGUGAUGAAGGUCAUGACGAUGACGAUGCAGAUGUAGAUAUGAAGCUACAGUUAGAAGAAGAAGAUGAUAAAUCUUUAAAUGAAACUCAACCCGAAGAUACAAAGGAUGGAAAAGUCGAAGAAGAAAAGAAAGAUGAACCUGAAGAAAAAACUUUACCGGAAAAUAUUGAAUCUCAAGGUGGUAAAUCUUCAAAUGAAGAAAAUAUCGAGGCCGUUGAAGAUGAUUCAAAGAAAACGUCAGAAGAUAAUGUUGAAAAAACGGUUGGAGAUGAUUCGAAAAGUAAACAAUCUGAAGAUGUUACUUCGAAUGAAAAUAAGGAAGAUAAAGAAGGAGUUGGGCAAGCGCAAAAUGAGGAAACAAGUAAAAUGGGACAUCAAAGUAAUCUGGAAACUAAACAAGAAAAUCAACUACCAAGUAAAGAAAAUGAGCAUAAACGUGAAAAACGUCAAAAACCAGGUGACACUGAUUCAGAACGCAGUCUAGGUAAUACAUCCGAACCAAUUGCGAAAAAAUUGAAAAUAAUGGAAUUAGAAAAAGAGAGAGAAGAUCAACCAACUGUUGAAGAUGAUAAGAUUGAAGAAAACCCCGAUGAUGUGCCAAAAACCAGUGAAGCUGAACAUUUCCAACAUGUUAAAGAAUCUAAGGAGCAUGAUGCUCAGGUUUUAGAUGCAGCAACGAAAGAACAAUUUGAGAAACAAAAAGUGUCAAAUGAUGAAGAUGAAAAAGUAGAUGAAGAGAAAGGUGACGAUGAGUCAGACGUGAAUAUACUAGAGGAAGAGGAAGAAGAUGUACAACCAUCAGCAGAUAAAUUGUUACCAGAGAAAACAGAAUCUAAGAAAAAUAAAGAGAAAAAGACUGAUAACAAAGGUGAUCAAUUAGAUCAAAAUAUGGAAACUGAGGUGGAAAUCGAGGGUGAAACUGUAAAUACGUUGAAUGUAUCACGUGGUUUUGACACUACUUACCACACACAAUUUAACAUUGAAACAACGGAAACUGAUGCAAAAUUAACACCGCAACAAGAAUUCGAAUUACGUCAACAAUUAGAAAAAAAAUUAAGUAAUUGGAAACAACCGCCGACGGAUUCUGAUGCUCAUGCUACUUGGCAGUCUUAUAUGACAUUAACAAAUACACUGGCCCAUGAUUUAUGCGAACAGUUACGUAUUAUAUUAGAACCAACACAAAUAUCACGUUUAAAAGGUGAUUAUCGCACGGGGCGCCGAAUAAAUAUGCGAAAAGUCAUACCAUACAUUGCAUCACAAUUCCGAAAAGAUAAAAUAUGGCUACGUCGUACACAUCCAGCCAAACGUGAAUAUCAAAUUGUGUUAGCCAUAGAUGAUUCACAAAGUAUGGCUGAUAAUCAAUCAAAGGAAUUAGCAUUCGAAAGUUUAUCUUUGCUGUCAACAGCUUUAACGCUCUUAGAAAGUGGACAACUAAGUGUGCUUUGUUUCGGAGAAGAUGUGGAAAUAUUGCAUCGUUUAAAUGAUCAAUUUAGUGAUCAAUCUGGUGCUGGAAUUUUACAAAAAUUCCAAUUUUCACAAAAGAAAACUGAUGUUCCAAAAUUGGUGAAUUUUACUUGUGAUAUGUUUAAACAAUGUGAAUCGACUUCAUCAUCUUCAUCGCCAAAUGCGAAGUUAUUAGUUAUUGUUUCGGAUGGGCGUGGUGUACAUUCGGAAGGUGAAGAAAAAAUUUUAAAUGCUGUACGCCGUGCGAAAAAUGAACGUAUUUUUGUUGUUUUUGUAAUUGUUGAUAAUCCGAAAAAUAAGGAUUCAAUUUUGGAUAUUCGUAUGCCAGUAUUCAAAGAUGGUAAAUUGUUAGAAAUUAAAACAUAUUUAGAAAAAUUUCCAUUUUCGUUUUAUAUAAUAUUACGAGAUAUCAAACAAUUACCAACAAUUCUUAGCGAUGCAUUAAGACAAUGGUUUGAACUAGUCACUGAAACCACAUAAAUUGUCUAAAAUUAUGAUUAGAUAAAAAAUGUGAUCUCUUUUAUACUUAAAUUAAUAUGAAAAAAGUGUUAUUUCUUUUUUAAAUUCUUUAGAUUUUUUAAAUUAAGCGUAAAUAUGUCGUCACCGUACUUUGUUUUUUUCUCUUGUAAAUAGCAGAAAUGAAAAAAAUAUGUAUUAAAUAGAGAAGAAUACCUGCGUGUACACGAAUAUAUUCUAAAAUUUAGUGACCUUUCAGAAAAGUUUAAUGGCCUAAGUUAUAUGGUCACUCGUACGUUGCUUGUAAAGUUCGUAACAGAGGGUCAAGUAUAUCCAUUUUUAAUUACACAAGUUUGUAUCUAUUAAUUUCAUCGACAAUUUUAGAAUUUAGUGACUUUUUAUAAACAAUUUAAUGGGCGAGUAGAAAUUUAAGGCUUGCGUGUAUACUUGGGAAAAACUCUGUGGUCACUAAACCUAUUCAUUUCUGCUAAUAUAAUUUAUAUAAUUA